GCGCUGGCGUUGUCUGCUACGCUGCCUCGGAUGUGGCGCGUCGUCGAGCAUAGCUACCAGUCGGAGAUGAGUGGAGGUCAGAGGUGAAGGGAUAGGAGAUCGUCGUUGAAAGAUGGGGUCUGCUGAAGAAGUGUAGAGAUGGAAGGGAGAAGGGAUGCGCUAUUGAUGGCGAGCGAGCGCGUUCAAGUGUUGGCAAGCGUGCAUCCGGCCGAGAGCCGUGGCUAUCGGAUGCUGUCGACCCGGCGUUCCCUUUACAAGGUCGCUCUCGGCGAUGCCAGGGCACUGCGACGCGAGCUGCGACAGGAGACGAGGUGAAAGCAUUCCAUAGCAGGACUCCCAUUGUUUUCGCGGAAGUAGAGCUGGGAGGCAUCGCAUUGUUCGUAGGCCCCCACAAUAGAAGUCUUACAGGG